ACAAGCCGUCUGCACAGUGACUGAUGGGAGAAUAAAUAAAGUGAAACAUUGUCUCUCUGGAGCCGGACAUCGAGCCCGUGUCUGUCUCAUUCACGGCUGGUAUUAUACCCGACUCUGCCCGGGGGAGGACACCGACAGAUGCUCGAGACAAGCGGUCACGGAGAGGACACAUCACCGGCAGCUCACAUCCAGACACAUGCGGACACAGCGCAGACUGGACCGCGGGGGGGGGACAUGGCGUGUGACAGCCACACAGUCCGUGUUAGCAGCCUGAAAUGUUAGCGAGCUAACAUCUGAAGAUAUAAACAGCAGUGUGUACACAGUGAAGCGGCGCAGCCACAGCUAACCGCAGGCUAAUGCUAGCGUUGUAGCCAACAGGCUAUUUGCUGGUGUGUAGCCAGCUAACUUUAGCUGCUCGGGGCCUGUCUUCUUCUUCUUCUGCCUCCUGGGACCGACGCUUUCAGGAUAAUUCAAGGGACAUGGAUUUCCCAGGCCACUUUGAGCAGCUCUUCCAGCAGUUGAACUACCAGCGUGUCCAUGGCCAGCUGUGCGAUUGCGUCAUCGUUGUGGGGAGCCGACACUUUAAGGCCCAUCGCUCUGUGCUGGCAGCCUGCAGCACUCACUUCAGAGCCCUGUUCACUGUGGCAGAGGGAGAUGCGAGCAUGAAUAUGAUUCAGCUGGACAGCGAGGUGGUGACGGCUGAAGCUUUUGCUGCUCUGGUGGACAUGAUGUACACGUCCACACUGAUGCUGGGGGAGAGCAACGUCAUGGAUAUCCUCCUCGCUGCCUCACACCUGCACCUCAACAAUGUAGUCAAAGCCUGUAAACACUACCUGACAACACGUACGCUGCCUAUGUCACCUUCAUCCGACAGACCCAUACAUCACCACCCUCAGCAGGACCAGCAGAGGCGCAGGCAGCAGCAGCAGCAGCAGCAAGCAGAUUUAGCAGCGAACCCUACUCUAGCAGCCAAUGCUAACCUUGCAACAAAUGCUGCUGCAUCAAAGUUACAGCGCUCCUUCCUUUUGCAGCAGCUCGGACUCAGCUUGGUGAGCUCUGCUUUAGGGGGGAUGGAGGAGGAUGGGAUGGGAAAUAUAGUUGGCAAUAGAGAGGUGGGACAGAGAGCCUCUUUCCCAAUCCGACGCUUCCACAAACGCAAGCCCUCUCUAGCAAUGAACCUGUCAGAAGAGAGACCCAGGCAGAGGCAACGCACCUCAGGCCCUAACCUGGGUUUGUUGGGAGAAGAGGGGGUGAACGCAGAGCGAGAGGAAGGAGCACUCCUGUCCCCCGACUCCCACAAGAUGGGGGAUGAAUCAAAAUUAGAUGCUGCCAUUACUGGCCUCGUAGGUGUCUCCCAAGAUGAUCCUCAGAUGCCCAGCCAGUCAGACAGUGGACACUGUGGGGGGGAUGACUUGGGGAGAAUGCAAGGAGGAGUGAGCAAGGAGGAGGAUAUAGAUGACCAUGACCAUCAGGUCAACAGGUUAGCUGUGAAGAUUAAAUCAGGGACAGAGGAAGAAGAGGCUGAAGAACAAGAACAGAAGGUGGUGGUUAAACGAGAGCCGCUAAGCUCGCCUGAGCCAACGGAUGAAAUCAGCGAUGUGACAUCGCAGGCUGAGGGCAGCGACCCGGCCGAGCCUGGAUGUCCAGAGGAGGAGGAGAAGGUGGAGCUGAGCCCAGAGAGCAGCGAUCGCAGCUUCACCUCUGAACCCCAACCCAGCUCUGACUCUCUGCUUCAGCCCAGCUCCCAGCUUCUCAUCAAAAGCAACAUGGGAGGAGGCGCCGGAGUCGCAGGAGGUUUUGGAUGUAAUAACGGGUUAAAUAGCAAACCUGGUUUCAGUAUUUCUAGCUUCCUUAACCCAAAAGAUUUUGGAAGUGGGGGUGCAGGGCUGGUUACGGGAGAAGAUGAACUGCCCAACACGACAACUGGGGAUGCAGUAGCGCAUCACUUCCUGCUGAGACAGGAAUCUGCUGGACCACCUGGCUCUGCUUCUUCUUGUCAUCUGCAGUCCCCACUCAGUGGUGAGAGUCGCAACGGUUUUGGCGACAACUUGCAGCCUGAUUCUCUGUUCCUCCGUCCCCUGCAUGACAGUUUAGGGAACCCCAGAGGAGGUGGAGGAAAUGUGAGUGGAGGGCAUGGAGGGUUUGAGCCCUUUGGUUUGGACUUCCAGCGCUCCAGCCUGGGGCUUCAUUCUCUAGGGCGACCCUCACGAGGAGCCGGAGGAGCCGCCACUGCCUCUCUGGGCUAUCCAGGAUACAGGCGUAUUGCUCCAAAAAUGAUGGCCAGUAUAGGAGGAGAAGAAGGUGUAGGCGGGGUUCUUCAGGAUUCUGCCUCUUCCUCCUCAAGUCUGGCAAGUCCCCUGCUUCUCAACGAGAGCGGUGGGUAUGAUAUGAACAGUGGCAGGCCCACCUCCCUCCCCCCUCAGCUCACCCGAGCUUCAGCGGAUGUCCUGUCUAAGUGCAAGAAAGCUCUGUCAGAGCACAAUGUCUUGGUGGUCGAGGGAGCUCGGAAAUACGCCUGUAAAAUCUGUUGCAAAACUUUCCUGACCCUGACUGACUGCAAGAAACAUAUCCGUGUCCACACAGGGGAGAAACCCUAUGCCUGCCUCAAGUGUGGGAAGCGCUUCAGUCAGUCCUCCCACCUAUACAAGCAUUCCAAGACCACCUGUCUGCGCUGGCAGAACAGCAACAUGUCCAACGGCCUGCUGUAGGAUGAAUACAUUGGGAAUCAGAAUAUAAAAAUCCCUAAAAUAGUUUGAAUCUUUCUGAAGCUGUGACAGACCAGCCAGAUCAGCUGUUAUGUUUAAACUAACCAAUCCUGAUCACAGACCAAAGACAGGGAUGAUAAUAUCGUAUCAUACAUUUUAUUUAGGAGUAACCCAUAAUAUCAAGUCAGUAAAAGUAUCUGUAAACACUUUUAACCUGUAGAAAGAUUGUAGGGAUGCAGGAAAUGUAUGUAUUGCUAUUGACUCAUAUAUUAACAUUUAUGUACAUUGUAAUCUCUCCUAUACGAUUAACAAAAAAAUCAAAUGGACUUAGUAUUAUAUGAUCCAGGCCAGUUCAGGUGUUGCUUUUAAAGCUGCUUCACUGUUGGUUUUGUGUUUUAAAAUGUUGACCCUCUAAUUGUUAGUUGACAUUAGUGCUGAACAUCUAUAGUUUACUGUAUGUUUAUAGAUGCAGAUUUGAUUCAGUCAUUCUAACCCUCAUUCUGAGUGGUUGUAGUUAAAGGGCAAGUAUAAAUGGACAUCAUGUAAAAUAACCUGCUUACGUGUCGAUUUUAAAGUCCAAACAUGUAGCAGUAACCUGCAUCCCACUGAUGGGUGAUCCCAAUUGUGCAUAUACUGACGAUUGCUUGUUCAGUUCAAUGACAGUCAUGACUGUGAACUAACUGGUUUCUGUUUGGGUGCAAGAAAUAAUUCCUGUAUUUAUUUCGAAGGGUCUUCUUUCGUUUACUCAAUAUUAAAAGGUAGCUAGAGUUAGAGACCAGGAUAAGAACACCAACAAAAAAAUAAUUCAACAUUUUAAAACAGCCAAUUAUGGAUUUCAUGCAUUUUCAACCACCUUAGGUAAUAUUGACAACAUGUUUGUUAGCUGCCAAAUAAUUCAGUAUGAAGUAACAGGGCCUUCACACUUCACGUGACAACCAGAAUUAAAUCUCUUACUUUGAUAAAUUUGUUCCUGACUGUCAGGUCCAACUAGUGGACAAAUGGGGACCUUUACAUUUUCUAAUCACAUCUUGCCUAUGUUUACAGCUCACUCUAUUGACAUGGAAGUCCCUUUGUUUAAGGAAGCAAAAUAAUCUGAGAAAUGAAAGUGGGAUGAGUGUCAACUUGCAGCAUCUUUGCAUUAGCAGCAGGAUCAGUUCUGUGUUUACUGGGCAUUCCAGUCUCAUUUUGAUAAAUAUAGUAUAAUAUGAUAUUGUAUUAUAAUGCUAUGAUAAUACUGAAGAAUGUGCUGUAAAUGCACCUUAUUUUCAGUCACGUGCAAAACGUGCAGUUACUGAUAGUUGUAUAAGGGACUUUCCGUAUUGGUUCCUGACUGGGAAGGACCAGAAGACAAACUCAGCUGUGGCCAAACACAUUUACUGAUUGUCCAAUCAUCUGUGUGCAUGCGUGUGUGUGUGUCUGCGUGUGUACAGUUUGUGUCGUCUGAGUAAACCGUUUACAGGAUAUUGAGGUUUAGCGUGUUCUGAAAAAGUGCUUUGGAAAUGUAAAUACUGCACAUUUGUGGUUGGUUUCAUACUUUUGCUCUUGUAGAAGAGACAAAACAACUCAACGUUCUGUAUAAGUUUGCUACUGUACUUGACAUCAGUGCUUUAUAAAUGUCUCUUUUUACAUCUAAUGUUGCAUCUGUUACUAAUGCACUUAGACAAAUCAUGCUCUUUUAUAACUAACACGUUUACUGAAAUGUUGAAUCUUGUGAAAACGUUGCCGUAAUGGAAUUAUCCAACUCUACCUGCUCUGUUACUUCACCUUUAUGUUGGAUUGAAGUGAAGUUUUGCUCCUCUCAGUCGUAAAACAUUUCCAAAACUUGAAUAUCAUUGAAUAUUUCACAUGGGGAUCAUUUUGAAACAAAAGAUUUUUUACAUAAUCUCUUUUUGCAUGUAAAUGUAAAAGGAGUUUUUUUACUUAAAUAUACUUUAAUGUCUAUCGUUACCUUGAUUGAUGCUGUAAGUUUCCCAACUAUUGUUCAAUUCAGAAUUUAUUUUGUUUAAAAAAAAAAAAAACACACAGGAAACCUAAUUUGCAACUUGGAGAAAAUAAUAUACAGAAGAUUUUGACAUGAACCUGACUGAGAAUGUCUGACUUCCAGCAGGUUGUAAAUAAGAGCAGCUUCACUGGUCAUUGAAUGUUCAUGCAGUGUUGUAAAGUUCUGUUUUAGUGAACUUAAAUGAAAAAAUUACUUUAAAUAUGCCUUUUUAUAUACCUGAUUGCUUGCUAUAUCGUGUCUCCUACACUGUCAAAGAGAUUCACGUGGUCUUUGGUUUUCAUUUGCUUUCCCCACUGUACUGUAGAGUCAUUGCACUGUUAGCCUGUAGAAAAUGACAGAUUAAUUUGACAGAUUUUAAGCAUAAUCUCAAAUAGAAGAUGUUCAAAUGUUCUCCCUGUAAAAGGAAGUAGGUAGUAAUUCUCUUCACUGUGGAGUAAAGUCACUGUAGCUGAUGGUUAAAUCUGGAAUCUGACAUCUGUCCCUGUGCUGCCUCCUCUGUCAUGAUGGAAAGAGCAGGCUGUGGUUUGUAAAAAUGAUGAGGUGAAGGAACACUCCUUCAUGUCUCACAUAGUGGCCUGUUAGGAAUUCAAAUCCUGCUCUUCCAAAGCUGUUGAUGUGAAUCUCUGAAAAAUGCACUGACUAUAUUACCCGUGUAUGAACAUGCCAAACUUUAAAAAAACAAAUUGAUAAGAAAGUCACUGCCUUACUCUAGCUUGAAAAGCUGG